AUGGAGUCAUUCGUGAUCAAGACUCCGUGCUCCAGCGCCAACAUUGGCCCUGGGUUCGACGUCAUCGGCCUCGCAUUGUCCAUGUAUCUCGAGCUGCACGUCACCAUCGAUCGCUCAAAGACAAAGUCGGAGCAUCCCCUCAACUGCAGGGUGACGUACGAAGGCCAGGGCGAAGAGUCUGGCGAUAUUAGCCUGGAUCCGCAGAGCAACCUCAUCACCAGGGUUGCGCUCUACGUCCUGCGAUGUCACGAUCAGCGCAGCUUCCCGAUCGAGACCCAUGUCCAUAUCAAGAACCCUAUUCCGCUGGGCAGGGGACUGGGAAGUUCCGGGGCAGCUGUUGUUGCUGGCGUGAUGCUGGGCAAGGAAGUUGGUGGUCUGCACCACUUGGAUCAGGACCGGCUGUUUGACUAUUGCUUGAUGAUUGAGAGACAUCCUGACAAUGUCGGCGCCGCCCUCUUCGGAGGAUUCGUGGGUACCUAUUUGAUGCCAUUGAAGCCCGAGGAUGCUUCAAGAGUUGAGAUCCCGUUGAGUGAAGUGUUGCCUGCACCAGCAGGAGGAGUCGACACCGGCAAGCAACCUCCAGAGCCCCCACACGGAAUUGGUCACCACAUCAAGUUCCCUUGGAACAAGGAGAUCAAGGCCGUCGCCAUCAUUCCCGACUUCAUUGUCCCCACGCACGACGCCCGAGCUGUCCUACCGCCAAACUACCAGCGUUCCGAUGUGGUAUUCAACUUGCAGCGAAUAGCCCUGCUUCCCGUUGCUCUCGGCCAAUCGCCACCCGACCCAGAGCUCAUCAACCUUGCCAUGCAAGACAAGGUUCACCAACCCUACCGCCAAACGCUCAUCCCAGGCCUCUGCGAGAUUGUUGAAUCCAUGUCUCCAAAGACCCAUCCGGGAUUCCUCGGCGUGUGCCUCUCCGGUGCCGGCCCCACCAUAUUGGCCCUUGCUAUUUCCAACUUUGAGGACAUUGCCAAUCAGAUCAUCGCUACUCUGAGAAGGCACAACGAAAACAAGAAUCUGGCCUGCCAGUGGCUGGUCUUGGAACCUGCAGAUGGAACGCACGUUGUUCGAUCAAGCUGA